GCCCGUCCCCGUUUGACCCAAUUAAAACGCCAUUCGCUUGCCCCGUUUCUUUACCAGACGGCCACGCUUACCGCCCCCCGAGUCCGCGUCGCCAGCAAAGCUUUACUACACACCUCACCCGCCUGGCGAUCUUCUGGGUCCGAACAUGAAGUCCAACCCAGAGCCGACGAUUCGGGGGUGACUCUCGAUUCGGAGAAGACCCAAAAUUCGGACGAGACACGACAAGAUAAGACCAGACGAUUCGCCCCCCGGGGCAUCCAUGUAGCACCCCGAAGCAGUAACUUUCAUGGUCGGAAGAGUUUCUUGCGGAAACGCGCCGCCAAGGUGUCACAACCACCACCCCAGGUUGCCCCGCGGGAACCGGUGGGCCUCAGCACCAUGACGCCAAAGGAAAAGCAAACGUUCCAGAAUCUGCUGGAAAGCAUAGGGGUUGGUCAACAACAGGAGUCAGGCCCGGAGACUUCAGCGACUCCCCCGACCCUCAGGCCGGCAGAAGAGAUGGCCCAGAUAACUGAAAUCUUUGAUUCGGUCCUCCAGGAUAUGGCGAAAAAGAAGAAGGGGCAAGAGGAAACCGAUGGCCAGCGACUGGGAAUGGAUCCCACGAUGGAUCCUCGCGCAAAACUGCGCCGGGAUCGGGAGAUGUGGCAACAGCUGAAGCGGGACGACUAUACAAACACGGAGAUCUCGGAGCUACUCAGCGCGGAGAAGAUCACGAUGGACCAAGCCGUCAAGCUCGUGGUUAAUCGAGAGAAGGUUCGGAUCAAGUCCGCUCUCGGGGAGGUCAUGGAUAGAGGCGAGGACGAUGUUGCGUUGUGGGAGGUCUGUGAGGACAAGAUCUUUUCCUUAUUGAAACACUUGAAAGACGCAGGCGUUCCGCUGCGAGGCGUGAAGGACGCCAGCAUCAACAACCUGGAAGACGCCGGUGCCACGGCCGACCCUGUGUCGCCCAUGGACGAUGGCCCCUCCCCCGGCGGUCUGACGGUCCCCCCAGGCGUCCCCAUCGAGUCCGUCGUGAUCACUCUUUACCCGGAGAUGCUCCUCGUCGCCUACCGACUUCUGACCCUCCACUGCCCGAACUCGCCCCUGAUCGGCCAGUUCCGAUCGAGCAUCCGGCUGCACGGCCGUGCGUCCGCGGUGCUGGGCGGCUCGAUCGGUCUCUACAACGAGCUGAUCUACUUUUACUGGCGCGGGUGCCAGGACAUCCCGGGUGUCAUCACACUUCUCCAGGAGAUGGAAGUCACGGGCGUCGAGCCCGACCCGAAAACAUGCAAGAUCCUUCACUCGAUCCUCGCUGAAAGCGAACUGGCGAUGAAAAUGCAUUGGGAUGAGGUCCGAGAGAACCCGGGUCAGUCGAUCACGCCGCCGUUCUGGGAUCUGGAGCCCAACCGAAAGGCCGUCAAGGAACUGCGUGGCUACCACGGCUGGAAGCGGCGCUUGGAGAGGCGAGUG